AUGACGAAUUUGAAUUUGGCUCAAGCCCAAAUGAGCCUGAAGGUAGUAGCCCCAGCUGCCAUAGCAUCAGGUGCAUCUUACAUCGGCUAUCUCAAGAUUUCGGUAGCUGUUUGGGGUUCGCAUACCGUGGGAAAAUUGGCAACGAGUUGGGCUUUGCAGGUUCUGGAUUACAUAGAGGAUCAGGUUGAAGCGGUUGGACAGCUUGCUUUUUACAUUGGUUGUUUCUUGCUGUUUUACGAGCUGCGUUGUGAGCUGUUGACAGUAGUGAGAUUUCUGUUUCGAGUGGCUGUCUACCUCCUGUCCUUGAAGAAGGCUUCUGAUCCGAUUCGUGUUGAAUCCAGUGCUGGCUCUCCCUUUGCUGGAACAGACCACGUGGAGUUCACCUGCCAUCAAAUGGCCGCGGCAGCAGUGGAGGGGUUUUUGCUUCUGGAACGAGCUGGAGAGUGGGACGAAGUUUGGUCAGCUGGAGUAGUGCCGGGCUCGACCGAACUACUGGCUAGGACGACAAACGCUGACGGGACAUCAUGGAUUUGGACCUUAGUUCAAGUGGUGCCAGCAGCAAUUCGUUUUCCUACCGGGGCUGGAAAUGCACGAACCGCUCCGGCCGGAGUUCCGGGGGGAUCCAUCAAUUGGAUUUGCGCACCGGAGAGCUUGGAUCAAAAGUGGAGUCCAACCCCGGCAGAGGUGUUGUCUCUCAAGCAGGAGGCGCAGCUCUUGGCGCUUCAUGUGAGCCGUCAAGGUCUCAGGAACAUGGCGAUGACAGUGCCGGGCAGUGGAGGAGACGUUCAAGAGCUGCAGCUGGGGCCAGUGGCGCCAGGCGGGGCUUUGGUUCAGCCAGCACCAGGGGGUGCAGGGGCGCUCGGGCCUGCGGUCGGAGGAGAUGCUCCGGCUGGGCAGGCGGAUGGCUUCAACAUGCAGGCCCUAUCCGACGUCAUCCAGGAGUUGAAGGAGAUGUCACGACAGAGAAGAGGAAGGCGGGUCGAUUACGAGGAAGUUCAUGCAGUGGACGCCCAGAAGUUCAAGCGGAAAGGCGAGCUGCUGGCUUAUGCGACAAAGCAUCCGGGGGCAUUGUCCGCCCAUUUUCUGGCCUCGAUCUACGCACGGCUUUCAAAGGGAAGAGUGACUCGCAGCUCCCAGCUGCGGGAAGCCAAUGUCAGCCAGUGGGCGGCCCAGCACUCCGGCCUUUCGGAGAUUCGAGAUGUUCGCGAGGUAUUGACGAUCGCGGAGGCCAUGGACUGCAUCAACAGGAAAGAGAUCGCUCGUGCAAUGGAUGUGUUAGCACAACGAAUCCUGGCGGUGCAGCAGGCCAAGAAGAAAGGAGGCAUGCAUUUGUUAGGACAGUGCAUAUGGAGGCUGGGGCGGGAGCAAGGCCGUCUGAGGAGAGCACAAGAAUUCAAGAAGAGUUCGUACAAAGAUUCUUUUUCAGGACACAGUUUGCAUCGUGUUUUUCCACUUCCUCCGUUUUCGAGCGAUGGGGCAGUGGUGCAAUACACUAUGGGUUCAAGCCUCACUGGAGAUCAGUUGACGUGGGCUCGUGGUGUGAACAUUGUACAGGCAGUUCUCAACAUGCUGCAUGGGGGUGGUGGUCAACGUGCUUCGUUUAUCACGGCUGCUCAGACUCGUGUUCAGGCUCGUUUGAAGUCAGGCUUGGAAUCCAUGAUGGUGGAUUUCGAGUUUCUGGACAAAGAAGGUGUCCAGGAGUUUUUGAAGCAUCAUCAGCAUUAUGCUGGAGGAGGAGCCGCAAUUCCGCUGGGCGAGAGAGGUGGAGUGCCAACCUCAGCCGCAACGGUAGAUUUGCAUGGGUUGUUCGAGGAACGUUUUCCUGAAUUAGCCUUACAAGUCAAUGAACCUAAAGCACUUUUGUUGCCCUCCCGAAGAAGACCAGUCAAGAUCAAGAGAGGACAUGUCUGGUUACAUGCUAGCUAUCCGAAUCUGGUUCGAAAGAACAUGAAGGCUGGGUUGCAUGGACCAAAGAAGCUCUCCCAGGUGGCAAAGCAUCGUGGCAAACUUUGUCUGACAGGUGCUUUUGCGGUGGCCAAGGACGCGACUGAAGAUCGGGUAAUAACUGAUCCGGCCGUUAACCAGUUGCUUGAUCCUGACAGACUCCCGCGGCCUCGUUUUGCUUAUAUCCCAAAAAUGAGGGUGACUUAUGCACCCCGUACAGGCAAGCUGUUGGUGUCUAAGAGGGAUGCUAGGCAUUAUUUUCACAGUCUGCGUAUCGGGCACAAGUGGAUGCGUUGGUUGUGUGGGCCACCCAUUACAGGUGUGAACGGACGCCUGGUCUAUCCUGCUGCGAGGACGGCGCCAAUGGGGUUUGGGCCCAGUGCAGGCUGGGCUCAGGCUGUCACAGAUCUAGCCACGGAGAAGGGAGGACUUCCGGAUGGUAGGCGAGUAGUCCCUGACUCCUAUCCUCCCUCGGAGCUGCCGGUUUGGGGUUCGAUAUGCGAUGACAUCUGGGCCCUUGAGCACGAAGGCAGUGGACCGGACAGCCUGAUGGGGCCAAGAUGGAUGGCAGCGGCAGAGGAGGCCUGGCAAUCCUUUGGAGUGCAUCCCAACCCAAAGAAAGCAGUCAACGCUGAUGUCGACCAAGAGAUCCAGGGCAUUUACGUUGAUUCAGGCAAACAUUGGAUGGGGGUGAGUUUUCCGAAGCGGCAAAAGCUUUUGCAGGCAGCGGUGCACUUGUUGGCGGAGCCCUGGGUGUUGCUUGCGGACGUGGAGAGGCUGGUUGGGAAGUUUGGAUAUGUGCAUUCGUGUCGGCCUAUAUUGAGAUCAGUCUUUGCGGAGACCUACAGAUGGCUAGACAACAAUCGCAGUCAAGGGAUCCGCAGAGCAGUUUUGUCAGAUGAGAUUUGGAUUGAGAUCUUAAGUGCAAGUGUGUUGUUGCCUUUCGCUCAAUUCGACCUAUCUGCAGAUUUUUCAAAUCGGGUUGAGUGCACUGAUGCGUCCAUGACAGGCAUUGGAAGAGCAUGGGCCACCAUGCCCACUUCACUGGUGCAGCUCAUGGCUCAGGUGUGCGAUCACAAUGGUACGUAUACGAACAUGAGCCUUCCACAUGGUAUAGGCCUGACAGAGCAAGGAACCUGUCCAUUGAAGAAGCUGAACUUCCCGCACCAGCGUUUUCAUUGGCACCAAAUUGGAGCACCAGCAAAUCCCAGGUUCAUCUACCUGGGCGAGGCUGACGCAGCGACCUGGAGUGCAGAGGACAGGCUUCGAAGGCCAGGAGAUGAUGGCAAGAGAUUUGUGCAUCCCAUGGACAGUGCGUCGUGUGUUGGGGCAUUCAACAAAGGUAGAUCGGCCAGUUUUCUUCUCAACUGUCGUUGCCAGCGGUUAUGUGCAAUCGGUGUCGCUGGAGGGCAUGAAGUGUUCUAUCCAUGGAUCCCGUCAGGUGACAAUCCAGCGGAUGCACCAUCACGUUGGUAUGGAACAGUAGAGGAGGAGAUCAGCAAACACAAAACGCAAGACAAGGGCGAUGAUGGCCUGCCAGCACUCGAAACAUUGUUUGUGGACCCUUUCACUCUUCGCGACUGGACCGGUAACGAGCGGGUCUUCGUGCACUUGUGCGCAGGAGUGCAGCGUGACGGGGAUCUAGUUUCUUGCAUCGGGACCUUGGCAGAUGACCAAGGGUUUCACAUUGUCGGUAUCCGGGUCGACCCUUUAGUACAACAGAGAGAAGCGUCAGAUCUGUUGAGGACAGAGGAUGGAUUAACUAUUCUUCACUUGGUUCAUAGUCGACGGGUUAUUGGAAUGUUUGCUUCUCCACCGUGUUCAACGUUCUCCGCAGCAAGGCACCGUGCCUUGGGGCGGGGGCGGCAGGGGCCACGACCUUUGCGAAGCCGACAGCGUGUAUGGCAGCCUUUGGCAAACUUGUCCGAAAGGGAGAAAGAUUCUGUUUAUUUGGGUUCAGCCUUGUCAUUGUUAUGCGUUGGAUUUCUAGGCGAGACUCGCGCAGGCACGGACGCCACGAUGUUUAGGUGUGAUCAUUCACAUCGGCAUGAACCGCUUACAGGCAUUGAUCCAGUGACGGGGGCUUUUAGAACCACGGUUGCUGCAAAAUAUCCUGUUGGCAUGAGCAUGUGGUUAGGGAACCUUUUUCUUGCGCGUUAUGCCCAUGCUGUGGGGCAUGGUUACACCAUGCCCUUCGCUCCGACCAUGCAUGCUGCUAACCACACUGGCCUGGACCCUUACGUGCGCACAGUGCUGGAACGUUUCUUGAUGAGUGCAUUGAGAGAUACCACAAAAGAGAAGUAUCAAAACGCACUGCAAUUCCUCAACAAUGAGCUACAGACUGCUGGUAUCCAGUGGGGCAAGCUGUCUGAAGUGCAACAAGAUUAUUUUCUUGCAGAAUGGAUGGUCGAUGGCUAUGAGCAAGGCCUUGGAAGGGCCGAAUUCGGCUCACUACUGUCCGCCUUGGGACGCAUCAAUCCACGGGUCAGGUACAAAGUUGCGUGGAAGGUCUUUGAGGUUUGGGGAAAGCUGAAGCCACCGCAGCAAGCGGCGGCAGCUCCACCCGAACUGAUCACUGCCAUGAUGGUGGCCUGCUUUGCAUUGAACCGAGCGGAUUUAGGACUCCUUAUUUGCAUAUGUUUUGCUGGCUUGCUUCGUGUAGGUGAGGCACUCCAGUUGCGUUGGAAGGACGUCUUUCUGAGCCCGUCCGGUGUCACUUUAUGCUUGGGCGUGACCAAAAAUGGCAUUGAACAGAAGGUCCUGCUCACCAACCAAGUGGUGGCAGAUUGGGUCGUGCAAUUUCGUGCAAGGGCAUCUGAGCUCACUCGUCGGGGGGUCCCCUUUGCUGAUGUGAUGCUUUUUGGUCGCUGGUCGUCAGACCGAGCUGCUCGAGAGUAUGUGCGGCAAGGAGAAGUGGCGAUUCUCCGUACAGCAGAAGCUUUAGGCCCCGGUGUGCAAAAUGAGUAUUGGGAUCUGAGAUACAAAGUGGAUCCAGAGCCCUUCGAAUGGCUUCGAAAUUACAAAGACCUUGGAGCUUUCUUGAGCUGUGAGAAAUCCGCUGAUAUCCUUCAUGUGGGCUGUGGCAAUAGCCUCAUCACUGAGCAGAUGUACGAUGAUGGCUACCAGAACAUCAUAAAUAUCGACACUUCCCCUGUGGUAAUCACGCAAAUGAUGGAGCGGAACUUUGGAAGACCAAAGAUGAUUUGGCUGGAAAUGGAUGCACUCGACAUGUCCUUGCCUGACAAUGCAUUUGAUCUCAUCAUCGACAAGAGCCUCAUGGACACCUUUGCUUGCUCUGAGGAGUUGGCCGUGACCAUCAUCACUUAUCUCAUGGAGGUGAGCCGCGUGCUGCGGACUGGUGGGGUGCUGCUGGUGAUCUCCUACGGGGCCCCAGAGACACGACUCGACUUCCUGAAGAUGUCACACCUGAAGUUUGAGGUGGAGGUGGUGACACUGGAAGCCACAGACAUGCAAAAGGAGCACUAUUUGUACAGAUGUACCAAGCAGCCGCAUGUGAAGAAGCGGCGCGCAGCAGGCUAA